GCUGCAGAGGUGGAGCUCUCCCAAAAGGACGGUGUUGAGUCAACACGGACUCGGGAGCAGGAGCAUAAUCAUAUCAGCACGCGACCCCUCUCCACCUCACGAACUCUCGACAAUUCUGUGCGUCUCCCGCUCGAGCACCAUCGAUCGAAGAGAGACGAGCGCACCAUGCACGCUCCAGUUUCCGCGUUCGCCCUUGGGGGCGCGCUGUUCGCGGCCAGCGGUGCUGCGCACAUCGUCCACGGCGUGCUGGUCUUCUCACGCCACGGCGACAGAACGGCCAAGCACUUCGGCAAUGCGUCGCUCACCAGCCUGGGCGCGCAGCAGGUGUUCCAGGUGGGCAGCGACUACCGCGCGCGCUACCUGUCGUCGGCCUCGUCGUCGCGCAUCAGCAAGAUCUCCGAGUUCGAGUACGUGCCGGCGCAGGUGUGGGCCAGCGCGCCGGACGAGCCGAUCCUGCUUGGCACGGCCACGGCGUUCCUGCAAGGGCUGUACCCGCCGCUGGGCGACGUGCAGCCCACGCUGACGGCCACAGGCCUCGCCAACGGCUCGUCCGUGUCGGGCCCGCUGUCAGGCUACCAGUACGUCACGCUGCACGGCGUCGACGACGAGUCCCCGGAAACCGUCUGGAUCAAGGGCGACGACAACUGCCCCGCCGUCAAGGCCGCCUCGGCCAGCUUCAACCUCAGCGCCGAGUACCAGGCGCGCGAGGCCGCCACGCGCGACUUCUACCGCGGCCUGUACCCGCUGCUGUCGGACUACUACGCCUCGGCGGAUGACCUGAGCUACACCAAGGCCUUCGACAUCUUCGACCUGGUCAACGUCGAGCGCAUCCACAACGCCUCGUCGCCCGCGCGCAACAUCAGCGACGCCGACUUCCUGCAGCUGCGCACGCUCGCCGACAGCGCCGAGUUCGGCGCCAACUUCAACGCCUCGCAGCCGGCCCGCUCCAUCCACGCGCGCACCUUUGCGGCUGCCGUGGUGCGCCACCUGAACCAGACCCUCUCGUCGACCGCUACCAAGCAGCAGCCCAAGUUCACCCUGCUAACGGGCAGCUACGACACCUUUCUAGCCUUCUUCGGCCUGGCCGGCCUGACGUCGGUCUCGGACGACUUCUACGGCCUGCCCGACUAUGCCUCGACCAUGGCGUUUGAGCUGUUCUCCCCGACCGACGACUCCGCGGGGCUGCAGGUCGGCCAGCCGUAUGUGCGCUAUCUCUUCCGCAACGGCACGCAGGGCGAGCUGCAGGCGUACCCGCUGUUUGGGACCGACAAGGAGGAGAUGCCGUGGACCGAGUUCGCGGGUGCCGUGUCCCAACGCGGGGCGAUCGGUGAUGUCGGGACGUGGUGUGGCGAGUGCCGCAGCGAGGCUGUCUUCUGCGCUGCGUAUACUAAUAAUGGGGCUGGGGAUGGCGCGGCGACCGCCGUGGAUCUUGAUGGUGGGAGUAGUGUGGGCCGCGGCUCGUGGAUUGCCGUGCUGGUUGUCAUGGCCGUGGCGAUUGCUGGGAAUCUGGUCUGGGCUGGGAUGUGGCUGGUGCAGCGCCAGAGGAAGACCGCGGUGGCGGCUGCGGCAGCGGCGGAUAAGGGAUAUGAUGACAGCGUGAGGAGUUAUGGCGGGAAGGAGAGCGUUUGAAAGAACGUCUAGGUUAAUGUUGAUGGUUUGAUGAGCUGGAGCGAGGUGCUUAUCUUAUACCUGAUGAU